GCGAUCAAAUGCAGCUGCGACGUUAAAGUCUCCAGCUUUGUGUGUUGUACUUUGUGUACUUUGCUUGGCUUGAAGUCUCCAGCUAGUCCAGCUGUUUGCCUUCAAAAUUUCCGCUUAAACUAACCAUCCCCGUCGCACAAGCUUCGCGAAAGCGGGUGAUGGCAGAUUAACAAUCCACGACCCCAUUGUGGCUCCUGCUUUCCCUGUUUUUGUCGUUGAAUCGUGGCACGCAUGUGGCGAUUUUGGACCUACAUUCAUUUCGGGAAAAUGGCGCGAAAACUCUGCAACAGUUGAACGAAAGCAGCAGGAAUGCGGAGGUAGAGGUCCACAUGCCCAUUUUAUUCUUGUAUCUACAAACAUCAGCAGCAACAAUAAAAGGUGUAACAGUAUAACUUCAGAUGUCCUUUGAAUAUGGCGAAAGCCCUGCGAAAGAGAAUCCUCACAAGAAUGACUGCGCGAGAGCUUGGAGUGUGGUCGCGAAAGCCGUUGGCGAGGUGUCACUGGUGUUACAAGUUAGAUGCUGCAUUGGUCUCGUUGGUUACGCCGCAGUUGCUCACGUUGGUAUCUGAAACAAAGAGUUUGGCUGUCUGGUGACUAAAUUCAGAGAAGCAUCAAUGGAAGGGAACUGACACUCCCUGUCAAGAAAGAAAGCGAAAACUGAUACCUCUGACAUCCUUCAGCCGCUCUGCGCACAUCCAGUGAUCGAUGACAAAUGAAAUCGCCAGGAAUGAAACGGCAAACAUUGCGCCCUCCAUGUAGCCUGGUAGCCUGGUAGCCUGGUAGCAAGUCCUUGUGGAGCCAAAGCCAGUCUUUAUCGCUUUCAGAUUGAAGGCUGAUACACUCAGUUUCGGGUUCAGAAGGCAGAUCUUGGUUUGCCAUGAAAUAGCUUUGUCCAGUCCAGAUUCCCAACUACAUUUGGGAGCUCAUGGUGCCUUUCCAGAUAUUCACCUGACACAUCCACAUGCAGAGUUCCAAGUCAGUGGUGGCCAGUGCCACCAACGAAGUCACUUCAGCUCGGUCAAUGGUUUGAUUUGUCCCAUGAAGUGGUUUGGUGAUGUUUGGUUAUCACUUGUCCCUAGCGGCAUAGACCCCAGGCAACAUUCAAAAUCUGAUACUUACCAUUGAAACUUUCAAUCCAUCCGAAAAGACACCUGAUGAAAACCAGUUUGGGGUGGAGGAACUCGAAAAAGUUUUGCCAUCUUCCUCCGGUUGGCAUAAGAGCUUCCGCCAAUUCACCAGGCAUUGGCGGGGCUUUAUCUAGGAGGCUUCUCCCUUCAGAGUUACAGCACUUGCAGCUUUUGAGGUGGGAAUUACCGAAUCUGUUUUCACCCUUGAGCAGAAAGUUCAAAGUGCUCAAUGACCGCGGCAACUUCCGUGGGCCCAAAGAUGUCACUUUAGAUGCCGCGUUGGUGGCGCAUGGUUACGCUGCAUGUGCUCGCGCACUUGCUCAGCCAGGUGCACGACUUCAGGCCGGCCACCUGUUCCCACUUUCGCAAGAGUAUAGAAUGCCUUUCACGGUGGAAAUCUGCGAGGCUGAAAGAGCGUAGGAAGCAAACUCCAGAUGCAUGGAUGCACGGCCAAGCUGACAAGUGGCUUGCCAGCUGGAGUUUGGGACAUAACACUCUUUUUGGCUUCUGCAGUUAGCGUCGGCGCGAAAGAGCGUUGGAAACAAACUUCAGAUGCGCUGCUAAGCUGACAAGUGGCUUGCAGCCCGUUGGAGUUUGGGACAUAACAUUUUUUUUGCUUUCUGCAGCAAAA